GGGCCUGCGCCCGCCUCUUCCCCGCGCUGCUGCGGCGCGGGGACCUGCUGGCCGGGCCCCUGCCCCCGGAGGACGCCCCGCUGCCGGAUGGCUGCAGCGCGGAGGAGCAGUACAAGAUCUGGAUGAGGCAUCGCUACCACAGCUGCGUCCGCUGCUUGGCCGAGCUGACGGGCCACUCCUCCUUUGAGGUCAAGAAAAUGUCGCUCUGCACCCUGAUGAAGUUCGUGGAGGUGGAAGGGGAGCACCCACUGGUCAAAGCAGAGUGGAAAGGCAGUUUCAUUUUUCCUCGUGAGCUUUUAAAAGUAGUGGUGGAGAGCUUAAUUCCCUGCGAAGAGGAUUCCUCGCUCCUCAUCUCGCGCUUCCAGGAAUAUCUGGAAUAUGACGAUGUCCGUUACUUCGUGAUGAAGGCAGUGACUGAAAAUAUUGGGCAAGUCAUGCAGAAGACUAAGGAGAUUCCACUGCCUGUGUACCAGCAAAAUGUAUUUUCCCUCAUUUCAUCCAUUAGCAUGCCGAGCAGAAAGACUGAGCUUGUCAGUUUUAUGGUGAAGCAAGAUCACCUGGAGGAAUGGAAGGUGUCAAAGCUCAAGGAGCACAAGCGGGCCUUUGAGAGGAUGUGGCUGGUCUUCCUGAAAUACAAGCUACCCAGCAGUUUGUACAAAAAGGUUCUUAUGAUUCUGCAUGACUCCAUCCUGCCUCACAUGAAUGAACCCACCCUCAUGAUAGACUUCCUGACAGCAGCCUAUGACAUAGGUGGCGCGAUCAGUCUUCUAGCCUUAAAUGGGUUAUUCGUUCUGAUUCAUCAGCAUAACCUGGAAUACCCUGACUUUUACAAAAAGCUGUACAGCCUCUUGGACCCCUCCAUCUACCACGUGAAGUACCGUGCCAGGUUUUUCCGUUUGAUGGAUUUAUUUUUGUCUUCGUCGCAUUUACCCGCAUAUCUGGUGGCGGCGUUUAUAAAGCGCCUCUCUCGGCUGGCCCUCACCGCUCCCCCCGAGGCCCUGCUCAUGGUCAUUCCCUUCAUCUGCAAUCUUUUCCGGAGGCACCCAGCUUGCAAGGUUCUUGUGCACAGACCCAGCGGGCCUGAAGAUCUGUUGGAAGAUCCGUACGUCAUGGAGGAAGAAGAGCCAUCUGAAAGCAGAGCUCUGGAGAGCUCCCUCUGGGAGCUGCGGGCUCUUCAGAACCAUUAUUACCCUGAUGUGGCCAAAGCAGCCACCAUUGUGAAUCAGUCACUGUCAGAUAUGGAGGAUGACAUAUCGGGGCUCUUGAAGCUGUCUACUUAUGAGCUUUUUGAUAGAGAAGUAAUGAAAAACACCACCGACGUGCCUCUGGAGUUCGAACAAGUGAGAGGGCUGUUUGGCAAAAAGAAUGACAUAUUUGCAGAGUAUUUUGCGCUGGACUGAUGUUGCAUGUUCCCUGGCUGGUCGGUAGCAAACAGGCCUCUAUGGCUGCCCAGCUCUGCUUGUUCAUGUGGACUUUCUGGAGUUUUGGGCUUUAAAAUAAUUCCAGGUAAUGGCUGGACUACCCAACGAGGGGUGGUACUUACUUUGGUGGCCUUUGUCAGCAGCUCUGAAUGGACUCUUACUCCUUGUUUGCAAACAGGCGCAGUUUUUCACACUGACUGGCUUUUGCGUUUUAUCGCCACCCCAGCCUGGAGUUAGUAAACACUUUUUUUAUGGGCAAAUGAUUCUGUGACUCAAGAUUCGUGGUCUGUGCUCUUGUUCCUUUCUCUGAAGUGUCUGCUACUGGAUGCAGUCAGUGCCGGGGUUGAUUUACAUAGAUCUGGUGGGAAUACAGCCUUUUACCUAGCACAUAAGGAGGAGGGCAGGUAGAAGGGUUUCUUUCCAGAUUUUAAGCCUAGAUCCUGCCUUGAAGGAUCACAGUUCACUUGAGAAUUGUCUGGUGAUCUCAAAGUCUUCCAAAGUCUUGUAGGUGAUGUUAAAGUCUCCAUCUGUUUUACAACCUUACCUAGGCAGGAACCAGCCUAAUCAAAGAAAUAAUAAACAUUUCCACUCAC